UUCGCUCUGUCCGCAUGACAUUAAGCUUUAGAGCGCUACAUGUAUACUUCAUAACAGUUUAAAAUCGGUCGCUGUGUUUUGUUUUUAAACCUGCCACUCAUUUUCGACAACCAGCGCGUUGUUAAUCUAUUCGCGACAAGGUAAAAAAAAAAAAAAAAAAAAAAUCGGCUCCCCUCUGGUUGUGAGGUAGUCUUCGUUAGCUAGCUUAUUUAGCCAGGAGCUACCAGUAGAUUUACGGCUUAUUAUCCACGACAAAUUUUUCGAGUAGAUCACCUAAAGCUUCUGUUACUCGGUGGCCACGAUGGUUUGGUUAGUUAACGAUAGUGAGCAAUUGGACACGAAAUAAUUGAUCCGAUUUUGGUAACAAAUCAACACAAGUCGCAUUCGAUCCCGGUCGGGUUGGCCUGUUUUCAUUGUAUCCUCACAACGUCGGUAGCGUCGGGUUUGUUCGACCGAGUGCGUGCGGCGUCAAAUUUAGCUGCGCUGCUGCCGUAAACAAACGAGUCAGCAGCUGUCGAGUGGAGAGCUAACUUCAGGGUAGCCAAGUGUCAAGUAUGGCGCAGCACGAUUGCUCUCAUGUCGCCAGUUCGCAGAAAGCUCUCAUGCUGGAAAUGAAGAGCCUUCAAGAGGAGCCCGUCGAGGGUUUUAAAAUAACGUUGGUGGACGAGGCGGAUAUGUACAACUGGGAAGUGGCCAUUUUCGGACCCCCCAAUACUCACUAUGAGGGGGGUUAUUUCAAGGCUCGGAUCAAAUUCCCCAUGGACUACCCAUAUUCCCCACCUUCCUUCAGAUUCCUCACUAAGAUGUGGCAUCCCAACAUCUAUGAGAAUGGAGACGUGUGCAUUUCUAUAUUGCACCCUCCAGUGGAUGACCCACAAAGUGGAGAACUGCCUUCAGAGAGAUGGAAUCCCACCCAGAAUGUCCGAACCAUUUUGCUGAGUGUGAUCUCACUGCUGAAUGAGCCAAACACCUUCUCUCCUGCCAAUGUGGAUGCCUCUGUCAUGUAUCGCAAAUGGCGGGACAGCAAGGGCAAGGACCGUGAAUAUGUCGAGAUCAUCAGAAAACAAGUAUUGGCCACCAAGGUGGAGGCAGAACGUGAUGGCGUUCAGGUACCCACCACGCUAGCUGAGUACUGCGUCCGCACACGUGCCCCGCCUCCCGACGAAGGCUCCGACCUCUUCUAUGACUAUUAUUACGACGACGACGACGUGGAGGACGGGGAUGGCGACUGCUGCUACGAUGAAGACGACUCGGGCAACGAAGAGUCGUGACAUGGCUUUUUUCACAGCGUGACCAAUCUUUGCUGACAUGCGACGACCCCCUUUUACUGCCCGGGUCGUCUGAGAGGUCUGAGGUCUGCAAGUGAGAAAUAUUUGAUGCCUCCUGUUUGUAAACCAAUGAAAUAAGAUGAUUUUACCUUAGCUUGCGUGCUGUUUGUUCAAGCUGAAUUGACGGGCUCAUGAGGAUUUGCUGAGAUUUGCACCAGCAAAAAAAAAAGAAAAAGAAAAAUAAAUCAUUUUGACUUGAAACCAGAGAGGCUAACUUAACUAGUGCUUCUAAUGUCAAAGGUCAAAUGGUGGGGGGGGGGGGGGGGGGGGGUGAUGCCACUUUGCAAUGAUGCAAACACAAAUCAUUCACUUAACAACUUCUUUCAUUGUAACUAGUUUCCCUUUCUGAUUGUGUUUUCUGCUUACCGGUCGGUAUAAAGUCUCAGCAACUUGCUAGAACGGUGAACUACAAAAAAAAUCAAAAAUGGGAUCGGACUUUCCUCAAACUUCAUAGUCUGCAUGCCAGAAAACCUUGGAAUAUUUUCUUCCCCCCUCUCUUCUGGGAAACUUUGCAAAUGGUGAUCUGCUGACAGCUUUGAUAACAAAAGAAUGAAAUUAGAGAGAACCUAGCGAGUUCUCUGAAGUGGACUACUGGUUGGUUCAAACUACCGUUCACCAUUUUUACAUUAAGAAAAUAAUCUUUGCUGUGUCUCCUCUGGUUACCAAUGGGUGUGUUUUGUCAUUUUGAGUGUGGAAUUAUGAUACUUAAGGCUGCGAGAUAGUGUAGGAUGACCAUUGUUUCUGGGGGAGGAUAGUACUAUCUCAUCAGAAUUUUUUCUCCUCAGGAUUGAAGCCUGACUAAACACUUUUUUUUUUUUUUUUUUUAAAUGCCCCUGCAAUGUAUGCUGUUGUAUUCUCGUCUUUAUUUUCUGCUUCUUGCAAGCAAUAUUAGUCUAUUUCUAUAUGGUUAGACUUUAAUGCCUGCAACCUUCGCUUAAGAAUGUUUUAUGUGAUGAGAUUAUUAGGCUUGACAACUAAAACGUGUGUAGAAAAUGUGUCAGAGAAAUGAUGUUGCGGUGUCAGUCAGGAUUAUAAAAGGAUUUUCAGCCCUUGGAAGUCUGUGGAAAUGAAAAAGGACAAUUCCACCACAAUUUAUUUUAUUGUUUGUGUUAGUAGUGAGUUUAAGUAUUUUGAUAUAUUUUUAGUGUUGGUGUGUUUCCUCGUGUGUAUUUUUCGUCACCAGUAUUGAUUGUUUCAUCUGCUCAAAUUGGACUUCACUGAAUUUCUCAGGAUUAUUCAAUUACAGUCCACAUAUUGGGUCGUUUUCAGAGUUACAGACACCUUGACGGAUAUGCACAUGUAGCUGUACGGAUGAUCACCUUGUUUUAUUCACCUGUUUAUUUUUUAUUUUUUGGCUAUUUAAAAGUAAAAAAAUAAAGAUUUAUUGGAACAAAAUCGA